AUGGUUGGUGGAUUGUUAAUUGUAUGGUUAAUUAUUUUAACUACUUACUUAAUGGUUAAAAGAUUGUAUGAAACUUAUAAAUAUCCAAAAAUACCAGGACCAUCAGGUUUACCAUUAAUCGGUAAUGCAUUACAAUUUUGGGACAAACCUGAAGCUGUCUUUAAACAAUUGUAUUCAAUUUCCAAUCAAUAUACCCGAAUGGUUGGAUUAUGGAUUGGUCCAAAAUUACACGUAGCCAUAUUUGAUCCGCGUGAUGCUGAAGUAAUAUUACGUGCAAAUCGUCAUCAGGUACAAAAAGCUGAAGAAUAUCGAUUUUUAAGACCCUGGCUUGGUGAAAGUAUACUUAUAUCAAAAGGUGAGAAAUUUAAGAAAAAUAAAAAGUUUAUAAUGCCAGCAUUUAAUGUAAAUGUUUUAAAAAAUUUUCUGGUCACUUUUAAUGCACAUUCAAGACACAUGGCUGCAAAAUUGUACGAGCAAGUUGGAAAAGAUGAAUUUGAUAUUCAUGAUAUUUUAAGCGCCGAAGCAUUAAAUGUUUUAUUAGAAACAUCGAUGGGGGUAAAUUGUGAAACAUUGGGUGAUAAUGCUGUUCGUUAUGCGCAUGCUGUAGAAAAGGUAUGUAAGAUUGUACAUAUAAGAGCAUAUACGUUAUGGUUACGUCCUGAUAUACUAUUUAAUUAUUCGAAAUUAAAAAAGAAGCAAGAUGAAUGCUUACAAAUUAUACAUCCUUUAACAGAAAGUGUAAUAAAGAAACGUAAAGAAGAACUUAUACAGCAAAAAGAAAUUCAAAGUGAAACAGGUGAAUCAAAUGCAAGACGUAAAGCUGUCGUAUUGGAUUUAUUACUUGAAGCGGAGCAUGAUGGUGAAAGAUUUAGUGAUCAAGAAAUUAUGGAUGAAAUUUUAACAAUGAUGUUUGCGGGACAAGAUACAACAGCUGGAACUACAGGAUUCGCUCUAAGUUUAUUAGGAUUAUAUAAAAGACAUCAGAAAAAAAUUCAUGAAGAAUUAGAUGAAAUUUUCGGUGAUUCAGACCGUGAUGUCACUUAUGAUGAUAUUGGACGUAUGGAAUAUAUGGAACGUUGUAUAUUAGAAACAUUACGAUUGUAUCCAGCAAUUCCAAUGAUUGGACGAAAACCUAUACAAGAUUUAAAAUUAGAGGAUGGUUACAUUCUACCAAAAAAUUGUACUGUAGGCUUAAUAAUAAUGAAGAUACAUCGUAACCCGGAUUAUUAUGAGAAACCACAUUAUUUUAAUCCCGAUAACUUUUUACCAGAGAAUGUUAAACAACGACAUCCAUAUAGUUUUAUACCAUUUUCAGCAGGAACUAGAACAUGUAUUGGACCAAAAUAUGCAAUGCUAAAAAUAAAAGUUGUAUUAUCACAUAUUUUACGAAAAUAUAACGUGACAUCAACAGUAAAAGAAAUCGAUUGGAAAUUAUCAGGUCAAACAACAUUAAAACGUAAAGAUGGUUUUCGUAUUCGCAUUGAACCUCGAAAAACAAUUUACAACAAUAAUAAUGAAAUAAUUGUGAAUAAAACAGAUGCAAAAUCGAAUUUAAUUACGUUGACUGAAAAAUUAAUUGAAACAGUGGAAGAAACGAAUAAUGAAUUAAAUUCAAAAUCGUCAAUAUCAACAAAUGAUAUUAUAAAAGAGAAAAUACGAUAG